CCGACCCAAGCGGAAUGGGCGGAGCUUGUCAGAGUUGCAAGCGCUAGCAUUAUGCUAGUUGUGCAUGAUGUCAAUAGUAGCAGGGUAUUUAUAAAUGCUAAUAAAUGUUUAGAAAUAACGUAAUGCAUGCAAUGCUUGAUGACCAUAUUAUCCAUAGCCAGAAUAUUGAUCUAGAUCGGCUGUGUUCGGUUAUCGUCUCGGGUCCUAAAAGACCACCUGUCCAAAGUAGGUGUCUGGUUAGAAAGGUGCAUUCUGUGGGUGCCAGGGAUACCCUACUCCACACAAUUUUAAUGUUAAUUCCUAAGUCUUAGACUUAUUGAUGGCAGCCCGACAGCCCUUCACGGACAGUGAUACUGCGGAUGAAGCAGUGAGGGCGACGUGUGAUGAUGCAACCACAUGCAAAAGGUUUGCAAGCAGUAAAGGAUACUGGAAAGACCCCUAUAUCCAGUACUUUGUCAGAUCAGUUGGGGAACGAAAGGCUCCAGAGAUCAACCGAGGUUACUAUGCCCGCGUCCGAGGAGUGAACAAUCUCCUAGACAAGUUUGUCAGGAGAACAGACUGCAACUGUCAGAUCAUCAACCUUGGUGCUGGGCUAGACACAACCUUCUGGAGGUUAAAGGAUGAAAACCUCAUGCCUAAAAAAUAUUUUGAAGUCGACUUCCCAACUGUUGUCGCCAGGAAAAUACACAAUAUAAAAACAAAGCCGCCUCUUUCCAAACCCCUCAUCGAGACGCACAGCUCAGACUCCCUACUGCUGGAUGGUCACAGUCUAGACUCGGAUCGCUACUGCAUCAUCGGCCUGGACCUUCGGGAUGUUGUCACCUUGGACGAGAAACUGAGGAGGUUUCAACUCAACCCAGAGCUUCCCACCUUGCUGCUGUCAGAGUGUGUGCUGGUCUACAUGAACCCCGCCCAGUCCUCCAAAUUGCUGCACUGGGCUGCCGAGACGUUCCACACGGCCAUGUUUAUCAACUACGAACAGGCCAACAUGGUGGACCGCUUCGGUCAGGUGAUGAUCGAGAACCUGCGGCGGCGCCAGUGUAACCUGGCAGGUGUGGAGGCCUGCAGGUCCCUGGACUCUCAGAAAGAGAGGUUCCUGCAGACUGGUUGGGAGCACGCUGACGCCCUGGACAUGAUGACGGUGUACGGCCUCCUUCCUCAGGACGACCUGGCCAGAAUUGAGAGUCUGGAGUUCCUGGAUGAGAAAGAGCUGCUGCAGCAGCUUCUUCAACACUACUGCAUCUGCUGGGCCAACAAGGACAAGCUAAGACUCGGUCUUUCCCAACUCUCCUUUUGACGUAUAGUUCCCAGCUACCCUGCUCGACCCCUUGUGGUAACCAUGGUAACCCAAGUCGUGCAAGGACAGCCAGACAGAGGAUGUGCAUGUGCAGACCCAGCCUUCUGCUAUUCAGUUAGAAGAUUAAUAAAAUGGAC